GCCAGACAGUUGAUGGCAAUCAAUCAAUAAUAAAUCAAUCCGUAGUUUUUUUUUUUUGUGUGGAAAUUUGACAUUUUGUGGUGUUUUGACAGAGUUUUCUGGUGUUUUGUGUUAAAAUGAAUAUAGGCGUUUUUGAACACCAGCAAGGACCCAUUGGGAAUAAACAAGGAGGUUACUAUCCGCAACCCUACACCCCACCAGGUCCGGGCCAGAUAAAACAAGAAGCCGACUCUUCGACUUCGCCCCUGUUGACGCCUCCUCACACUCCAACUUACCCCUCUCAUUCACCUCCAUUAACUGCUUACCACACUGAGCCCAACAACAACUGGUACCCUAGACCAGAACCCAUGGAAACUUUUGCACCCACCAGACCCAGCUUCGCUCCUCCAACAAUGGGAGGAGGUUUACUCCAAUACCAUCCAGGCUACAAUGCAGCUUUCGUCAAUCAGUGGCUUCGCAAUGCUGCAAUGUACCAUCAACAUUUUCGUGGUUACGAUGUUAGAGCCAACCCAGGUAGACCUCAAACUGCUCUGAUGCCAUCUGCAAAAAUCGGAGGCAGUACCCGACCCAAAAAACAAUUCAUAUGCAAAUAUUGCAACAGGCAAUUCACCAAAAGCUACAACUUAUUAAUCCACGAAAGAACCCACACAGAUGAGAGGCCUUAUAGUUGCGACAUUUGCGGCAAAGCCUUUAGAAGACAAGACCACUUAAGAGACCACAGAUACAUUCACUCAAAAGAAAAACCAUUCAAGUGCACCGAAUGCGGCAAAGGUUUUUGCCAAUCUAGAACACUAGCAGUCCACAAAAUCCUCCACAUGGAAGAAUCGCCUCACAAGUGCCCAAUAUGCUCAAAAUCCUUCAACCAAAGGUCCAAUUUGAAAACCCACAUGCUAACCCACACUGAUAGACCACUAGAAUGCAUCAAAUGCCAGCAAUUUUUCGCUUCAUAUCACGAGUUGAGAAACCACGAGGUGUUUAGGUGCGGAGAUUCCGAAGGCAAAAUCGAUUCUCAAAUGGUUACAACUACUAUUGAGAUUGAACAAGAAGUUAGUUUGCUGGAUUUGACCAAAAAAGACGAAGAUGAAGAGAUUAUUGUUGAAGUUGAAAAGGUUGCGCCUGUUAAGAAGUUAGGGUUUAGUAUAGAGGAUAUCAUGAAACGAUAGGAGGUUUGUUUUUUUCUUGUUUUGUUGCCAAAGAAUGUUUGAUUUGUUUUCUACCUCUUCGAGACUGAUUGAUGAGUUUUUAAUUUUUGAGUUACCACUUAGUGAUGAGUAAAAUACAUAUCUUGUGAUAAGUUUUAGGUUUUUUUUUUUGGGCCAAAUUGUUGCUAGCCUGAUAAUGGUGUAUAGUUGGCAGUAUUAUUUUGUAAAUAUGUAUGUAUAAGGAUUUUUUAGGAAUAUUACUAUAACAGAGUAUUUAUAUAUUUUUUCGUUUCCUUGUUUAGUAUUACGUGAUACUUAAUAAAAUGUUUUAGUUUUUUUUUUGGGGAAGUUUUUGUCUUUUAUUUACUCAUGCCUUGAUUAGAAUUGGGAAUGGUUUUGUUCAGAAAAAAUCCUAAGUGAUGGCAGUUCAAUACUUUCUCCAGAAAAUCGCUCCUAAUUCUCUACGAUGUACCAUCGUCACUAAAAGUAUCUGGGACAA